AUGCUCUGGAGAGAGAUUAACAAUGGCACUGGCUCGCCGCAUCAGCAUCAAGGUCUUAAUGACGUCACAGAAUCAUCGCAACCUAUACUCCCAAAAGAAACGGAAAAUGAUAUGACUGUCAAGAUCGCCAAAUCUACAAAGAUGAAAAAAUUUAUACAGCCCUCGACAUCUACGCCGCAAAUGCCUGCCUACCGCCCCACGCCGCGUGCUCAUAGGAGCGCCAGCGCUUCGUUCAGGCGGCGGGGGCCGUUCUUGUGGACGAUGCGCGUUGGCAUCAUGGAGGGCAUGUUGUAUGCCGUUCUCCAAACGCUACGGCAGGAGAGGCGGCAAUGUCGCCGACUUGGUUGUUUGAGGUAUUGGUUUGAGCCGGGUCGGGUAGUCAAGUAUUGGCUUGAGGGUGGCCUGAGAAAAGAAGGAGAAGAAACCCAAUGCGCGCGAGUGAAGAAGGCUAAGAUCGAUAUUAUUGGACGGUGGCUUUCUGCUGCGGUGAAUGAACACCAAUGCUUGUCAGACACGGACGACGGUCUUCGGAAACUAGAGCUAGGCAUUGCUGCCGUCAAUAAGAUUUGCUGGCUGAUAAAUCUGUGUCUCCUGCUCUGGUCAGACGCAGACGAAGGGGAAAGGGGGAGGUCUCGCUCGUCAUCACCCUUAUCUGCUCAGUCUGGUAUGGACGAGGUGGCUGCGGUUGAUCUUAGGAAACUCGAUGAUCUGGCGGAUUGCCUGUUGCAAGGUGUGACAUGGGCUGAAUGGCGAUUAUGCGGGAGCGGAUCGCGAGAGGAAGGGUUGAGGGCGCUGGAUUGGAUACCAUAG